ACUUGAUGGUAGCGAUGCUUCGCUGCUCCCUGCAGCUUCUGAAGGAUGCAGCGGGGUGGAUGGAGGAGAAGGAGGGAGGAGGUGAAAGACUGGAAGGCGGAGAACUGAAUGAAGGAUGCGGAUUACGGUGGCCAUCAGCCUGCCCUUCCGACGAUGGCUUCGGUCGUUUGACGUGAGGACGUGCGGAGGAAAACGACGCGCGGCUUGCGGAAAAAACACACAGUGACCUCCUGAUAUUUGCGGUGCCACUGCCAGCAUGGCUUUAGCCGUUAUUUUAGCAUCAUCGCUGCCUGAUCUCGUCUCCUGUGUCCUGGGUGUCAAACUGAACGGAGCGUCGUGAAGUCAAAAAAACCAAACAUAGUUACCGAAAACCUCUCGAUUCAGCAUGGAGGCGUCGACUUUGCAGUUGACAGGUCUGUUAGUAUGGACGACGUUGUGUCUGCUCACCAACGGUCAGUCCGCGCCGGACGUCUCGGGCCUGCCUCUAGCCAUCCGCGUGCCACUGCGGCAAGGCGCUCACGCCGCACAGCCAACGCCGCUGCCACCUGCCGUUGCCGUUAACCGCGAGCGCGGCGACGCGGGGAAGCGCGCUUCGCGAAGGCGGAGAGGAGCGGCAGCAGCGGCAGCGGGCGGCAUCAGCUUCGUGGACAUGAUCGAUAACCUGCGUGGGAAGUCCGGUCAGGGGUACUACGUGGAGAUGGCCGUGGGCUCUCCUCCACAGAAGCUGAACAUCCUGGUGGAUACAGGAAGCAGUAACUUUGCUGUUGGAGCAGCUGCUCAUCCCUUCCUGCGCAGAUACUACCAUCGUUCUCUCUCCGGCUCGUACCGCGACCAGGGCAGGAGUGUGUAUGUCCCCUACACUCAGGGUCGCUGGGAGGGGGAGCUGGGCACCGACCUGGUGUCCGUCCCACACGGCCCCAACGCCACGCUGCGCGCCAACAUCGCCGCAAUCACCCAGUCGGAUCGCUUCUUCAUCAACGGAUCCAACUGGGAGGGAAUCCUGGGACUGGCCUACGCUGACAUAGCCCGGCCUGACGAGGCAUUGGAGCCUUUCUUUGACUCUCUGGUUCGCCAGACUCCUGUCCCCAACCUCUUCUCUCUCCAAUUGUGUGGAGCCGGCUUCACCCAAAACUACUCCCUGGGCAGCGCCACUGUUGGCGGCAGCAUGAUCAUCGGAGGAGUGGACCCGUCGCUCUACGUGGGAGAGCUCUGGUACACUCCCAUUCGCAGGGAGUGGUACUAUGAGGUCAUCAUCGUACGCAUCGAGGUGAAUGGAAUGGACCUCAACAUGGACUGUAAAGAGUACAACUAUGAUAAGAGCAUCGUGGACAGCGGCACCACCAACCUCCGACUGCCCAGAAAAGUCUUCCAGGCUGCAGUCAAAGCCAUUGAGGCAGCCUCUUCGACCGAACAGUUCCCCUCUGGGUUCUGGCUCGGGGAGCAGCUGGUGUGUUGGCAGGCCGGCACGACACCCUGGCACAUCUUCCCAGCCAUCUCUCUCUACCUGAUGAGUGAAAACCACAACCAGUCCUUCAGGAUCUCCAUCCUACCACAGCAAUACCUGCGGCCAGUAGAGGACGUGGCCUCGGCCCAGGAAGACUGCUACAAGUUCGCCGUGUCCCAGUCCAGCACCGGUACCGUGAUGGGCGCUGUCAUCAUGGAGGGCUUCUACGUGGUCUUCGACCGAGAGAAGAAGCGCAUCGGCUUCGCCGUCAGCACCUGCCAUGUGCACGAUGAGUUUCGCACGGCCUCCGUGGAAGGCCCAUUCCACGGCGUCGACCUGGAGGACUGCGGCUACAACAUCCCUCAGACGGACGAGUCCACCCUCAUGACCAUCGCCUACAUCAUGGCGGGGAUCUGCGCCCUCUUCAUGCUGCCGCUGUGUCUCAUGGUGUGCCAGUGGCGCUUCGCCCGCUGCCUCCACCCGCACGGGGACUUCGCCGACGACAUAUCGCUCCUUAAGUGAAGGGAAAGGAUUCGUGGAGACCUACGCUUGAAAACACAGGGCAGGGAUGGACAUGUGGUAAAAAAAAAAAAGAGAAAUGUACAUCGUUACAAAUUGCUGGUGUUGAAAGAGAGCUUUGAAAGGGUUCUUCAGGAAUACAAUAUGAAAAGUAUAGCAAAUUCUGACACGGCGAACAGAGCAUUCGAGGAUAACUAGAGCCAUUACGAACCUGAAGGAUCGACAGGAGGAAGUCGGCGCCGACUUAUCCGGUUUAAGCUACCUAUGCAGAUCAGCACGGCGAGAGGAGGAGAGAUGCAAAACAAAAACUCUUUGUUCCAAAGUGACGUGUAAAUAGACGACUAGAGAUGGAUUUGGGAUUUUAAAAGCUCUGUCUCUUGACAUUGCAGAGCUCGACACUGAGCGAUUUGGGGGAAAGUAAAGAGGAAAAAAAAAAAGAUUUACAAACAUGGCUAAUUGUAAAAGAAUCUCACACCCUGGAUGUGAAUCCAUCACGCAGUCGGACGUGGUUUGCGUUGGUAUGAUUCGUACGUGUGGGUGUUAACAGAUCUGCUGUUUGAGGCUUUAUGAGGGAAUGAAAACAGGGUUGAUAUGUGUGAGCAUGCCUGUAUGUGUGUGAACAACUGUACUGUUAAAUGAAGAGUAUACUGGAAGAUUUCAUGGAAAUGAAGAUGAAUUAAAAACGAUACUACUGAGUAUGAAUAGCAUCUAUAAAAUGACACUAUUUUGCAAAUGCCAGCAAAGAAUUCUGCAACACAAAUUAAGCAUAAAGAGGUUAAUUUGAUGAAAUAUCAGAUUGUAACAGCAUUUAUUGCAUAACAUCAGUUUUGCUUUGUGUGAAACUGAAACGCAGUCACUAUCAGAUGUCAUUUUCUCUUCCUAUAUUGAUAGCUUAAAGGUAUUUAUUGUAAAUACAAUGUGUGCGUACCAGAUCUUCUAAUUGCACACACACACACACACACAGAUUGCACAGAGUUUAUCCUGCUGCUGCACCAUGUAACAACACAUUACAUGUUAACUAACCAGGACUUAAUAGGGCUUCUUUCACAGAAACAGCCUAACUCGCCACAUCCGUCAGUGGGGGACCACAUAUGUAAACCAGCCCAAAGUAUGUUAUACACUUAAGAACACUAUAUAUAUAUAUAUAUAUAUGUCUGCAAUGGACAGUUUGUAUUGUCUUUCAGCAAGCUGUAAAUACAUCAACUCAGAACUGUAUAUUUAUCUGGCAGCACUGUGGAAUCAAUAAAGUACUUAUUGUAACUGUAA